GACCUGCAUGUGACCCGACCCGUUUAUGAUCUGAUCCGACCCGAUUGCCACCCCUACUUAGCUACCACCUCCUUUCUUGGAUUCGGGUGACAUUUAUGAAGGAGUAAAUGUAGGCUGUGAUUUAUUCUGCAGUUGUCUACUUUCUUAUAACUACAGUUUCCUUUUAUCUUCUUUGACUUAUUCUAGACUCUAAAGGAUCGGCAUCAGUUUGAGAGUCUUCUUGGACUUUGCUGCAACAUAUCCUAAUCCAUACAGCUGACCCAUCUGAUAAAGAUAAGGGGCCCUGUAUAGAAGUUAUGAGGCUUAUUGAUGUAACUUAAGGUUAAGACUUCAUUCUUGUUGUUUUUUGAAAACAGAAUUAAUGUUGUGAAAUUGAGUACGAUGGAUUUUUUCUCCUUUAAUAUUUGACUUUAGUGUAGAUAAAUUUGAAAGCUAUAUCUACACGAGUGGCAUCACUGGAGAAGUUUUUUUCUCAGAUGAGCACACCCUGAUGUUUCUCUUAUGAAAAAUUUCUAUGAUUGCUGUUCUUUUAAAGGUGAAUUACUAAACUGAUUAGCAAUGUAUACCCCUUAAAGGUUUAUUUCUUUUCCCAAUGAGCUUUUGGAUUUUCAAAUUUUAGGAGAGAUUAUCAUGGAUGGAUGAUAACAAAUAAUCAUAGAGUUGUCUGAUCUUUGUAAUAGCUUAUCAAUUUUUUUAUAGUUUGCACUAUUCCCAAGCAUUUAUUUUUACCAAAACUCAAUAGAUGCAAGAAGCUUUCGCUGGGUAAAUUGUAAAAUUCUUGAUUGAUUAGGGGCGGACUUCCUUGUAAAAGAAGUUUUGUCCACCAAGGUUUGAGAUUAAGACUUACCAGAGUGAUGAAAUGCUGUUGUACUUACAGGCACUUGAUUUCUAGCCCAUGGUUUAUUUUGGUGUUUCUUGGGCAAAUACCAUCACUUGAAGUGCUGACAGAUCAGGUCUUAGCAACGGCUGCAGCUGCAAGGGAUGUUCUUAUAGAGAAGGAGAGCUUCAAGGCUCUAUCAAAGUAUCUCUAUGACAUCGAACCAGUCUUGAAACAGUUGCAGCUUCGAGAACUGAAUGACACACAAGCUGCAAGGCAAGCUUUGGAAUUUCUCAAGGAUGAUGUUAAGAAGGCCAAGGACAUAGUGGAUAAGUAUAAAAACCGUGCACGCUUUUACUUGUUGGUUAGGUGUAGAAGCAUAGUGGGAGAAAUACAGGAUGUCACUAGGGAUAUUGGUAGGUCUCUUGCUGCUUUAUCUCUUGCGAGCACUGAAGUUCUCUCUGAUAUAUCAGAAAGGGUGAAUAGGCUUCAUGGUGAGAUGCAGAAGGCUGAGUUUGAAGCUUCUCAAGCACAACUCAGAAUUGUAGAGAAAUUGGAUCAAGGUCUUCAUGAGAGGAAGAGAGACCAGAGCUUUGCAAAUAACAUGCUAGAAGAAAUAGCUAGAACUGUAGGUGUGCCUGUUGAGCCAUCCGAAAUAAAUGAAGAACUUUCCAGUUUGAAAAGGGAAAAGGAAGAAGCUGCUGCCCAUAAAGAAAGAGCAGAAGAGAUCUUUCUGGAACAGGUCAUUGAACUGCUGUCUCGUGCUGAUGCUGCUAUUGACCAAGAAGAAAUUGAGCAGCAGUAUCGGCUCAGGGUGCAAAGUGUAGAGAACUAUGCAACCCAGGAUGUGCACAUUCCACCACUGAAAUCAUUCAUGUGCCCUAUAACAGGAAAGGUGAUGGUUGACCCUGUCAGUCUUUGUACUGGAACUGCAUGUGAAAGAACUGCCAUCGAAGACUGGCUUGAAAGUGGACGGACCACAGAUCCUGACACAGGCCAAGUUCUUGAGGAUUUUACCCUAAGAAGCAAUAUUGGUUUGAGGCAGUCAAUUGAAGAGUGGAGAGAACUCAACUAUUGCCUUAAGAUUAGGUCAGCAAAGGGCAAAUUGCAGUCUGGUAAUGAUUCAUUGUUUGUAGAUGCUUUUGACCUGCUACAGGAGGUUAUCCAUGAAAAUCCUAUGAAUAAGGAUUGGAUUGCUAUAGAGGGGCUAAUUGAUAUCAUUGUGCCAAUGGUAGGAAGCUCUCACAACAAAGAUUUGAAAAGGCAAGCAUUAGUGACAUUAACUGCAAUAAUUGAAGGGCAUUCUAGAAACAAGAAUAGAGUGGUUGAAGCUGGGGGAGUUGAUCGCAUUGUUGUUUGCCUCGUACGUGGCUCAGGGAUAUCAAAAGCUGCAAUUAAGUUGCUCUUUGAAUUAUUGCAAGAUGGUUCAACGUGGAAGGAAUCUACAUGUACGAAACUUAAGCAACAAAGCAGUGCUAUAUUUUUUCUUGUAACGCUUCUGCAUGGUACCGAUAGAGAGUCAGAAGAAAAAGCUGAAGUUAUCUUAUCAAAGCUUUGUGAUGAUGACGAUGAUGCAAUUUCAGCUGCAGCUGCCUGCGGUUGGUAUAAGCCACUAAUUGAUCAUCUCUGUCAUGGUCCAGAACGAUCGAGAAUGGCUAUGGCAAGAUUUCUUGUGGAAACAGAAUUCAUUGAUCAGAAUAUAAAACUUCUUGGUGAAGGAGGAGCAAUACCUCCCUUAGUGAAAAUGGCCUCAGGAAAUCUGGAAUCAAAAGAUUUGGCUCUCUCUGCUCUGGCUAAGUUGUUGAGUUGUCGGGACAACAAAAGGAUAGUUGCUUCUGCAGGAGGGGUUCCUCUUGUCAUAGAACAUAUCUUCUCUUCCCAUGCUCCCACAAUUAUAGUCGCAAAGUGCUCUGAAAUUCUUGAGAGACUCUCUUCAGAUGAUGGCAUAGAAUUUCUUGUAGAUGCUAAUGGGACACGUCUUGAGUUAGGGCCUAUCAUAACCAACUUGAUGGCCAUCCUUCAGAAAUCAAAUUCCUCUCCCACCAUUAGGAAACCAGUUUUACGUUCACUCCUGAACAUCUGCAAGUCUGAAGAAAUACUUGCUGAGAAGACAGUUGCUGCCACCAAUGGUGUCUCUUUGGUGCUUCCCUUGCUCGAAGAUCCUGAUCAGGAUAUCCGAGAGCUUGCACUCAAGCUCAUCCAUCACUUCUCCCAGAAUGAACCGGACGGUAUAGCAGAUUUCCUCCUGGACAGCAGACUGGAGACAUUUGUUGGCUUUCUCGAGGGUGACACCUGCAGUGAUGCGCAGGUGGCAGCAGCAGGGUUAAUAGCCUGUCUUCCAAAAUCGGAAGUUGCUCUUACUAAUAGUUUGAUUAAGCUAGAUGUGAUACCUAUUCUUUUGAACAUGCUCAGGAUAGGAACAGCUGAAGCAAAGGAAACUGUGCUUGGGGCCCUCUUCCGGUUUACAGAUCCUUCUAACAUUGAGAUGCAACAACUGGUGGUAAAUUUGGGAGCUUAUCCAUUGCUUGUGAGCAUCCUGCAGUCUGGAAGCACAACAGCCAAGGCAAGAGCAGCAGCCCUGAUCGGCAACCUUUCUUCAAACAGUAGUAGACUUACCGCAGCACCAGUCAGGACUGGCUGCUGGUGUUUCCGGGCAUCACCUCCUAGUGUAUGUGAAUUGCAUGGAGGUAUAUGUGACAUGACAUCUACCUUUUGCCUAUUAAAGGCAAAAGCUUUGCCAUGCUUGGUAAAUUUGUUGCAAGAGCAUCAAGAUGCCACCACUUAUGAGACCCUUCAAGCAUUGGGGACCCUGGUUCAGGAUGGAUUGUCUUAUAGAGGAGCCAAAAUUUUGCACCAAGCAGGUGCCAUUGAUCUGAUAUUGGGUGUUUUGAACUGGGGGUCAGUUGCUUUGAAAGAAGCUGCUCUUGUCAUCUUGGAGAAGGUAUUUCAGGCCAGGGAGGUCUCUGAUUAUUACUGCACGGCUGCGAAGAUCCCACUUAUUGGGCUGUCAACACAACGCAGUGAGAAUGGAGAGCUGGGCAGGAGGGCUGCUAGAGUCCUGGCGGAGAUUGAGCGGUAUUCAAAAUCAAGUUCUAUGCCACUUACGUAGAAGGAUACAUAAGCCUUUACUUGGCAAAAUGGAAAUCAUUCUUGUACAUUAGAUUGAUUAUCAAAAUUUAAACUAUACCCAUUUGUCUUGUGUAAAUAUGAUGCUGGAGAUUUCGUACUUGUAAAUUAGUCUUAGUUCAAGCCAUACUAUUUUUUGGGAUAACAUAUAUAAUGAUCAAAUGCUAGUGCUUGUUUGGAUGUCCUAA